AGUCAGCAAGAAGUAUUUUCCUGCUUUAAAAAUGACUCGCCGACAGCACGAUGUGUGCCGAUUUUUACUUUUCCAGCAAUUUGGGGAGCAGGUGUCAGUAGUUGGCAAAUAUUUACUACAAAAAUCCCCAUCACCACUUCAUCUUAUUUCGUCAGAAACACACUUGGACACUGAACAGGUGAAGAAAAUUUUGUGCAUUCUAAUACAGCAAAACAUAGUGACAUUUGGACAACACAAGAGAGGGUUUAUUGAAUACUCAAUCAGGACUGGUGAGAUUCUAAACCGAUUGUGGUUUCCAAAGUAUAUUUAUUGUGCAAAAACUUUGUAUGGAGAUGCUGCUGAACUGCUAUUGGAGGAUGUCUUACAGAGAGGUCAAGUGCAAAUGUCAAAAGUCAUUGAAGUGGUGAUGCAGAGAUUUAAUGAAGCACUUGAAACUUCAGGAAAGCAAAAGAUCUCAGAGAGUUUCGUGGUUGACAAGUUCUCUAACUUGGUGAGGACACAUUUUCUGCAAAGAUGCUUGGAUCCAAUCAAAUCUGAUUCAAACAAAGUUGUGGGCCUUGAAGUGAGUGAAGAGGAGGAGACUCUGUACAGAUUACCAGAUUUGUCAAGAAAGAGGAAAAAAUCACAUGAUGAUGGUCCACCAGCCAAAAGGUCAAAGUCUGAAGUAGAGGGAGAGAGGCCAGCUGAUGAUGAAGGGGAUGGCAUUUUUUGGAGGGUCAACAACGAGCGAUUCCAUCAAAUGUUUAGAGACCAGGCCAUUGUACAAGCAAUCUCCAGCAAGAUUGAUAGAAGUGCCGGGGAAGUACUCCGAGCAAUGUUGAGGGUCAGUGAAGUCAAGACGGCUGGAAUGGCCACUGUUACAACCCCCAUAUCUGUUACAGAGAUAUUUAAUGCCCUGCCUAAAGACCUAAUGGCACGCCCCCUGCUGGAGACUUACUUGUCACUCAUAUGUGAUGAUUCUACAAAUUUCCUGUCCAAGGUUGGAGACAGUGGAGGGGGGAUGUACUCCAUCAACAUUUAUGAAGCACUUGCACAACUGGUCAAGGCUCACAUAGAAUCUGUUGUACAGGAAAGGUUUGGGUCAAAAUGUUUGAGAAUAUUCAGAGUUUUACUGUUAAAAAAGCAUCUUGAACAGAAGCAGAUUGAAGAUUUUGUCAUGAUAUCCGCAAAGGAAGCCAAAGACCUUCUAUAUACCUUAUUCUCAGAAAACUUCAUCACCACUACAGAAAUCUCCAAGACCCCUGACCACGCCCCCUCCCGGACCUUCUUCCUCUUUACUGUCAACAUUCAGCACGUGGCGUCUAUGGUGCUGAAUAGGUGUUACAAGGCCUUGUAUAAUGCAAUGGUGAAGAAAGAAACAGAAGUAAAUGAACACAGACGUUUGCUGGACAAACAGGAGAGAAUGGAGGCCAUUGCUGCCUCUGUAGAGGAUGCCAGUCAGCGAGAUGAGAUCCUAAAUACCAUAACCCCCUCAGAACAGGAGCAGAUCAUAAAAGUCCGGCGCACAAUCCAGAUGUUAGACCAUAGUGAAUUGCAGAUCUGUGAGGGAAUAUUUAUUUUGGAAAUGUAUUUGAUGUAUUUUAAACAAAGACAGAAGGAUAAGUCAUAAUAAAUAAUUUUCUAUCUAUAUAAUGUCUUUCAUUUAUCAAUACUACCGGGUAGAUGACACUGGAUUUUAUCAAACUUGCAAGUCACCAAAAAUAUUGAUAAAGUACUGUAUGAUAGGUCACUAUUGUAUUUUGUGAUACAAUAUUAUAUUGUAGAAAAUUAUAUCAUACGAUAUGAUAUUGUAUCAAAUUUGUUGUAUAUAUAUAUAUUUGCAAAUUUAACACUUUUGCAUCCAACUAUUACCUAAAGAAACAAAAAGACAGAAUGAUGUCUUGCACAAUUAAAAUUCAAAUCAACAUGUUCAAAACUGAUGUCAAGAAUGGAUGCAUUCAAGCAUAUGCUGGACUGUACACUAACUUUUUAGUCUGCUAGAAAAUCUUGUAAGGUUUGGAAAAACUGCAAAUAUUUUUCACUGCACACAAUUCCCAUCAUCAGUACGCUGACUGACUAUAGGCCAUUUCAUUGAGUUUUCUCAUUACUGUUUAAAAAAUAAGGAUGACUCAACAAAGUCAACAGAUGGUCAGAUAUUACAAUCCAUACUCUAAUUUCUUCAUUUUAAAUGAGUACUUAAUUCCACAAUUUGACUGUUUUGCAUCAAAUCGCCAGAAUAUAAAAAUGCAAACAUCCAAUUUUUGUCAUAGUUUCAUUUACUUUAAAUCUGUCCAAAAAUUUAAGUGAGAUUUUAAAAUCCACAAGAUGUGCUUCUCAUGAUUUUACGCGGAUAUUAAUUCCUUGCGUUGCAUUAGGAAUCUACAGUAUUUCUCCAAUACUGUAAACAUACUACAUUUGGCUGUGUAUUCUAUUUAGCUCUUUUGGUGGAAUGCAGCUUCCGCUAAAUCAAGUACAUCGCUAAAUGCCAUACAUAUCUGUAUAAGAAUAGUCACAUUCAGGAAUACGCUAUUUCAAAUCCACGCCAACUUGUUUAAAAAUUAUUUCCACCAAAUAUCAUACACACCAAAUAUAAUAUGUUUACAGUAUACUGUAUGUUUGUUUUCUUUUAAAUGUUAUGCUCAAUAAUACUAGUACUCUUUCCACUAAAAUCAUAUGAGAACAUGAAUGAAAAGAA